UGCGUCAUUUCCGUUGUCAGGUGGUGCUGUCGCUGUGGAAAGAUGCGAUCAGAGAAGAGCGGAGGCUUUUCCUUAAUUGCUCAUUUCGGUAACAGAGGCUAAACAAUCCGAAACCAACCCUCUGUGGUCUCUCCUGUUGAAGCCAAGUUUGUCCACCACAACGUUUUGCCUACGAAAUGUCGAUGUUGUAACGAGACAACGCAGACUUUACCCGGCGGUUUUGGCUCGAGAGCUCCAGUAUGUCCAAGCGGCGCUCGUCGGAGAGGGGGGCUGGAGAGACAUCAGGCAGGGCCAGCAAGCUGCAAUGUCCUGGGAUAUCUGGCAGUAACGCCAAGAGAGCUGGGCCCUUCAUCCUUGGGCCUCGCCUGGGCAACUCACCAGUGCCCAGCAUAGUGCAGUGUCUGGCCAGAAAGGACGGCACCGAUGACUUCUAUCAGCUUAAAAUCCUGACGCUGGAGGAGCGAGUGGACUCUGCUGGGGAGACUCAGGAGGAGAGGCAGGGGAAGAUGCUGCUGCACACAGAGUACUCCCUCCUUUCUCUGCUGCACAACCAGGAUGGGGUGGUCCACCAUCACGGCCUCUUCCAGGAUCGAGCUUACGAAAUAGUGGAGGACAUGGAGGCCAACAAGGUGCGCAAGAUGAAGAAGCGGAUCUGCCUCGUGCUGGACUGUCUGUGCGCUCAUGACUUCAGCGACAAGACGGCAGAUCUAAUAAACCUUCAGCAUUAUGUCAUAAAGGAGAAGCGACUGAGCGAGCGCGAGGCCAUAGUCAUCUUCUACGAUGUGGUGCGUGUGGUGGAGGCCUUACAUAAGAAAAACAUUGUGCACAGAGACCUCAAGUUGGGAAACAUGGUGCUGAACAAACGAACACACCGAAUCACCAUCACCAACUUCUGCUUGGGAAAACACCUGGUGAGCGAGGACGACCUGCUGAAAGACCAGAGAGGAAGUCCGGCCUACAUCAGCCCUGAUGUAUUAAGUGGUCGGCCGUACCGCGGUAAACCUAGCGACAUGUGGGCUCUUGGUGUGGUCCUGUUCACCAUGCUAUAUGGCCAGUUCCCCUUUUAUGACAGCAUACCUCAAGAGCUCUUCCGUAAGAUCAAGGCUGCUGAAUACUCUAUCCCAGAGGAUGGUCGUGUGUCAGAGAACACGGUGUGCCUGAUCCGUAAGCUGCUGGUGCUGGAUCCUCAGCAGAGGCUGACUGCAGGAGAGGUGCUGGAGUCCCUUAGUGCCAUCAUUGCCUCAUGGCAAUCUGUUUCGUCAUUGAGUGGCCCUCUGCAGGUGGUACCGGACAUUGAUGAUCAGGUCAAUCACUCAGAACAUCUGCAAGAGGCCAAGGUGAUAGAAGAGUCUUCACAGUACGAGUUUGAGAACUACAUGCGCCAGCAGCUGCUGCUGGCUGAAGAGAAGAACACUAUCCAUGAGGCCAAGAGCUUUCUCACCAAGCGUCAGUUUGGCAGCAUCCCACCUGUAAGGCGUCUGGGCCACGAUGCCCAGCCUGUCAGUCCCUUAGAUGCUGCCAUCCUGGCACAACGUUUCCUCCGGAAGUAGUCCUCAACCACCCAUCUCAGAGUCUCUGGCCUCCCCAGGGAGUAAAGACACCUGCGGAGUCCAGAGAAGACUGAGGAUAAGCCCUAAAACUGAACUCGCAUACAUGGGGCCCAGCCCAAAUCAGGGUACAGACGGCCCCAUAUGUAGGUGGGCUUUGGGCAAGCUAGGUGGAGCAGGCAUGAGGAGGGUACCAGAACAAACUGCCAACCCAGAACUUGACUCCCCAUGUCUGAGAUCCUCCAGUGAAAUAUGGAAAGGCCUGGAGGAAGAUCUGAACCAAAGGUUCCUUGCCCUCAGGUCACCCACAGUCAGAUCUCACUGUGCAACCAACCUGAUGGCACAGUCGCACAUGGGGCUAAUACAAGGCUCUGCCUGGAGUGUUGAAGAGAAUAUUAACCCCAUAUUCCUCAUCCUCCUUUGAGAUCUCUCUACUUUAACACUUUCCCAUCAACUCUGGAUCUCCUGAGCAAUACAGGACCAGAAUCAUGUAGCAACCCCUUUCUCUUCCUAGUGGUUAAUGGUAUUGCCUCAAGUCAGAUCAUCUGAUCACAGAUGUCACUUCUCUAUACCUCCAUUCCACCCUCCUCCUCUCACUCCUUCCUCUUCCUCUCUGCCGUUUUCCUGUAUCGAAAAUGAUCCAGACUGGUCCUGUUUGUAACUCUGACUUCAAAUCAAUCUACCUCUCUGUCUCUCUUCUCUGUUGGUAAACCAUGCUCACUGUUCUGAGACAAGGGAUUGUAACAAUGGAGUCUUGAUGCCACCAGUGACAUAAAGCAUUAAUGUUUUCUGUCAGAGUGAUAAUGCUUGAAACCAUCUCAGUGGUUUCGAAAAAUCUGAAUAAGCUUUUUAUCAUAUUUACCUUAAUAAGUAGCAUUUUAUCCCUACCUUUGGCAUUGAAGAUACUGAAUAUCAAAGUAUGUGUACAAGCAUCCUUUGAUAUUUGCAGAAUGCAUUGUCUCUUGCUUUUUGCUCAUCCCUGUGGAAAUCUAUUUUUAGCAUCUAGGCAGCUAGUGUGAGGUACCUGGAAGUCACAAUGCCAAGAACUGAAUGGGAAAAACUGUUGGAUCCUCCAUGCCAAGGCAUAUUGAUGGUAACGCUUCCUCAGUGCCAUUAUAGUGAAGAUCAGGCACUGUCAUGUUUCUAUUGCCAAAAAUCAUGUCUUAAAAUGAUUCUUAGCCAAGGAACUGGUACCCACAGCCUCAUUCAGAAUCAAAUGGCUUCCAGGUAUUCCAACUUCCCUGUUUCUCUUUAUCAAGACAGAUCAUGGGACAAGUGUUGUUGUUUUUUUUCUCAGUAUGAAUGUGAACUGUCAUUGUACACUUUGAUACAUCUGCAGUAUCAUGUGUGUGUACGUGUGUACGUGUGUGCGUGUGUGUGUGUAUGUUUCUGGCAAGGGUCUGCAGAGCUGUCGAGCUGUUAACCUCUGACAGUCGCAGACCCUUUAAGCUAUCCUCCAAUCUUUUGUGUUCUGUUAUCUGGCCUGCCGCCUCCGUGGCAGACACUGUGAAAACCAGAGCAGGCUUUGCAAAGACAGGGCUUGACUGAAUGUUUUACUGAGUCAUGGAUGCCUAGUUAAGAUUGAAAAGUAUCACAUAUCUAUUGCCAUUCUCAAGCCCUCUCUCUAGCUACAUGCUUGUAAAUGCUUGUAUUAUCCCACUAUAGGCUCUCUGCGAGACUAGCUGGUGGCUGGUAAUCGAUACUGUAACAUUUCAUAGAGAAAUGAAAAUACAGAUUCAUAGGUUUUAAGUUUAGUUGCUGGGUCAUCUUGGCUUUUGAUGUGUUUUUCUCUUUUUUCAAAGUGUUUCUUCAAACCAUGGCAAAGCUACUAACCAGUGACUGUUAGGCAUCUGUACACUGCAACUUGCCUUUGCGUAUUGGUACCUGCUUUAGGCUAUCUAGACUUCUUCCUAUUUAUAUUCAUACUGUUGCAUGAUCAUAGGCUCUGGAAUAUUUUCAAAUGUCUUUCUUUCUUUUCUCCUUGUAAUUCAUGUUGAUUUAUUUAUUCACUUGUGUAGACUUUUCCCCCAAACCACUGGGGCUUGUAUCACAGACGGUGAUCAGUUAGUCAGAGGAUAUUUCCAUUUCAAGGAAAUGUUCUAGGCGUAACUUAAGCUGGUGAAACAAGCCUCAAAUCUCUUUGCUCUCACAGCUUUAAGAAGUGUUGUUAACUCCAACAGUGGUUCUACUUUAGCCAUCUCAUUUUGAUUCUUUCAGCCUCAUUCAUGAAAGAGUAGCAUCUGGGUUUUUUUUUUUGUUUUGUUUUGUUUUUUUUCCUUUUUUGAUUCCGAAAUCAUUUUCUUGCCAUUUUGCCACAAAGUCUGUGGUCAACUUAAGCUACACUAAUAACGAGACUGACUUUUGCAUAGUUCUAUUUUUUACAAAAUACAAAAUGAUACUCGCACAUGAUCUUGAUUUAUGGGAGGGUUUUUUGUAGUGUUUUUUUUUUUUUUCCUGUCAGUAACCCCAAAUCCCCUACACAAGGUUGCACUCUCUGGUCAGUAUGUAAAUAUGUACCAUCAUGACUGCGCCAGUCUUAUUGUAUGUAGUUCCACCCAGCGAGAUACCAACUCUGUUUCAACACAUGCCGAUUGACGUGCAUUAUAGGCCACGUUGGCCAUCAACCACCACAUCCGGAGGCUAAAAUAAUAUGUAAAGAGAGCUGUUGGCUUUCUCCCACCUCAAUGUGAAUUCCAUGGGUAUACAGCAGUAUUGUAGUUGUCUAGGUGGUUCAUCAGAAAAAGAGGGUGUUUCAUCAACACCAUAGCCAUCGCUGAAUGCUGACAUUAAGUGAUCGUCUGUGGAAAGUGUCUUACGCCAUCUUCCAUGAGGCCCAGUAUAGCCCAACUACAGAAUAGUAACUAGAGGUUCAAUAUACCCUUGAUGUAGAUGUUAUUAUCUGUACCCCCCUUAAUCAAAAAGUGUUUCACUUUCUAGCUAGUGGAUUGUACCACAUUCAAUGUUUGUUUUACAGAGUUGUAUUGGUAGACUGCAAUGUGGAUUGAAAAGCAUGGAAAUAGUGUGAGGUUAAGCUCUGUGUAAAACAUGUGACUGUUGCAUGAUUUUGAACUUGCAAGGUGCGCUGGAGUAACAGACUCUUUGGGUCCUACAGGAAACUCUAAAGCAACAAUGGAUAUACCUGUCAAUUGGAUAGUAGUAAAAUUGUAUGAAUAAUUUUCACAAAGUUCAGUUUUUAUGAUGAUUUUUCUCCCUGCUUCUAAAGUCAUAAGUCUUCAGUAUAUAACCAAUAUAUUGUUGACUGUUUCAACUGGAAACUUGGUGUAGGAUAUGAAAUGUGUAGUUAAAAACCCAAUGGGAUAAUUUGUUGUAAGCUGCUUGGUCAGAAAUGGGCAUCUAGAUACAGAAAACUGCGUAAUUGUACAGAUGAAAAACACGUUUGUAUAAAAAACAUAUUUUUCUACUUCAUCAGAUCUCUACAUGCAUGUCAGCAAUAAACUUUGAUAUGGAAACAUUCAAA